AUGCCAGGACAAGUCUGGGCAGCACCACCUCUCUGGACUGAGGCGAUCGCAGAGGCACAGGCUGCAGUUGCGCGUAUGCCAGAGGCCCUUUCUGCUUCUCCUGUUGUGGCACAGGAAACGAGACAGACACCAGCGAGCCCAAAUAACCAAGGGUUCGACUACACAUCGGAUACGGCACCGCUCGUUCUGCCCAUCAUAGGUGCCGAACGCGAAGUAGCAGCCUCUGGCUCCAUGCUUGGAGUGACCAUACUUGCCGCAGCCUACCAGCCGCUCUACAGAGCCUUUCCAUGUGACCGUUGCGCCGGGCCCGAGUCUUUGCUUGAACGCAUUCUCGAGGAGACGCAGCACUGCCGAUCAGGCCUGAGCAGUGCCGUGCCAGCCCUUCCUCAACGUUGCAACGGUUACGCCACCGUGUUGCUCUACCCGCCAGAGGUCCCCCUACAGGAUCAGGUUGUCGUCGUCAUUGACCUGACCAGGGUAGGAGGCAGGUACUAUGCAGAACAUGUGCCCAGGCUUUCGACUGCCGAGGAGCUCCUAUGCAAGGUCCUCCCGCAAACGACACACGACGAUAGGGCCAUUGUACUUUGGGUUGCGAGCAGGGACGCGCCCUGCACAGGCACCGCACCACUGAAUUUGCAGUGCGGUGACGUCCUUGCUUUCGUCCGGAUGGACUGUCAGCCUUCAAACCCAGGGUCUUUUCAAAGCCUUUUUGACCCGACUGCCGAAUGGGGGCCCUUGCAACAUAUGAUCACGACCCAGUACUUUCCGGUCAAACUUGUCUUCCACAGCAAUGACCGGUUUUGGCUUGACCUCUCCUUCUUUCCUGGGUCGGACGUUUAUGCAGCUCUCAGUCAGACCCUGCGAGUUGCCACAGAUGAGCUCUUUAUCAAGACCACCGGUGUGCUCUCCGAUGUAGAACUCGAAGGACAGGCCUGCUCCGAGGUUGUCUUCGUCAGGAGUAGCUUUGCAGCAGAAGGAGGCACUGAGGCAGCAGGUCCCACUGUAACUGUGCUAUGCGACGCACGCCAAGUCGCCAGUCAGGCCUAUUGCGUGCAGCAGUGCCCCUCAGACCAUCACCCUGCAGAGAGUCACUCCCUGCCAGUCGUAGUCGUCAAGCGAGUCCCUACUGAGCUGACAGAUGGAGGAGUCGCAACUUACCGAGCAGCAGCAGGCCCGAGCCUCCUUCACAGACUCUACUUCGGUGGAGAUGAUCCAGUCGUUGAGCCCGAAGAGGUCCCGCUAGAUGACACAGGUGAACAUCAGGCCCACCACCACCAACUCGGACACCUUCGGGAGAUGGAUGGCCCCCCUGACGACUCCGACGAGGACCCAACCGUGGAUGCUAAGUUUCUCGUGUUACGUCUUGGCUGUGCCCCGAUCGAGACUCGAGGACGGUACAGCCACGCCGAGCUUGCCGAACGCUUUGCAGAGUUCGCGCCAGAAGGUUGGCAGCCUCAGAUCGAAGGGACAGCCCUUGAUGGCGACUCCCUGUUUCAGACAGUCAUACGGACACUGACGACCAUCCGCCCGUGGGACGGCCAGCCGAAGCCCUCCCCUCCACCCGUUCAGACGGUGGAAGAGAAAGGCCAGUCUGCCGAAGCGAGCCUAUUGAGCCCCAGAUUCAAUGGCGACAUGGGAGCGGCAGUACAAACCAUCCACUGCCUUAUCCUCAAGCACGAUUACAUCCCUGAGCAGGCCACUGUAUCAAUUGGAUCCCCAGCUGCCACAGGGAUUGCAGUUUUCAGUGCUCUGCCAGCUUGGGCAAGCCAGCCAGGGAUAGUUCUGGACACGACACAGAUCGACCAACGUCUUUUUGUUGCGAAUGUCCCGGCACUCGUGACACGUGCCGACCUUGUACAAGCAGCGAACCUGCCUGCGCGGCUCGCGGUGUUGGUAAUUAUGGGAGAUAGCAGGACACCCAUCGCAGAAGACGAGCUUGUGCAUGCCACACCUGGCUCUCUCGUCCUCUUCCGCACUGCAACCGCAGGAGCUGAUGACAGAUACGUUCUUGAACAGGCUUUGGCCAGUCAGCCCAACUGGAACUAUGAGCCUCCUGUCAUUUCACCUCCUGUUGAACAGGCGUACUGCCUGGUACAAGCCACCUCCAGUCGAUUGCAUGUCGUCAGGAAGCAUGACUCCCACAAGCAUUGGCAGUCCAUCGCCGACGCCGUCGGUCAAUCACCAGAGAACAUUUCCCUCUUCGCAGCAAGACCUCGUCCUCUGGACGCUGCCAUCCAAGGGCAAGGUUGGAGAGCUUACCCAGUUACGGACAACAGCUUCGAAGUAGGGAACCUCUUGAACAUCUUCCGGCAAGAAGCCCCGGCAGGUUGGGAUGCUGUGCUCGCCGGAGGGUCCCCGCAAGUCGGGCAGGUACACUCCGUGCCCGGGAAAGUCUUCCGUGUCAGGUACCAUCCCUCGCAGACUGACCUUGCGUCCCAGCCAGACGCCCCCGCGCCAAUUGCCAGCACGACAACCGAGCAUGUCAGGAAUGCCGGAACACAGGACCUGGCCCCGAUAGGAGAGGCCGAGGUUAGCCCGACCGACAUGCCAAGUGGAAGUCAUGCAACUCCAGAUGUAGACGAGGCCGACCCACUGCAACUCCUCAUCUUUGCACAGAAUUUCUCCCCUGAGGAGGUUGAGGUACGAGUCAGCCCGGAUGCAACGAUCGACGACGUCCUUCGGCAAGCCGCCAGGGACAGAGAUGUCACUAGAAGACGGCUCUUUCCGAGCCUACUCCCACUGCCAAUCCAGCCUCCUUUUGCCUUUGUAUGCCUCCUUGCGGUGCCUCUAUGGCCACAUGAAGGAAUUCCUGUGCUUCUGGUUUGCACGAUACGAGGCCUGCGCAUCUUCAUGGAAGUGGUGCCGUCCGUCCUGGACACAGAAGGCAUACGCAGGCUAGCAGGCCUCACACCAGCGGAUCAUGUCAACAUCUUUCACAACGAUGUGAUUGAGGAGGUACAGGCUGGCACACAGAUACAUGUCCGCCCUGGUGAUUUGAUCUCGAUACAUGAGACAGGACACCCCUUUGCAGCGCCAGUUUCACUGCCGCGCGUGCUCAACGUGCCGACAGGGGGUCCUUCGGGACCAGGGGCUUUCCGACCACAUGACGACUCCAUAUGGAUCCUUACCGACCAAGGAUCCCGGCGCUUUAACGAUGUCCGACACCCUGGGGUCCCCCUGUGGACGACAAUUGCGACAGCGCUUGGCAUCCAGCCAAGCGUCUUUCUUUUCGUUCCACCCGCCCCUGCGAUAGCCAACCAUGCGCAUCAAGGAUGGCUGACAAGACAGGCCUUUAUCGCUGCGAGGCAUGAGGACAAUGCGCGAGUCCCCUUCUUCCUGGAUUUGCGACCAGUCCUACUUGGACUGCAUUGGGCGACAGCCCCUGCCGGACUCGUCUCAGUGGAAACACUGUGCCAGCGCCAGCAAAGGCGAUGCCCGCCAGGUUUCUAUGCCCGCCUUAGUGGGGGAGCAGCACAUGGAGACGAAGGUAACCACUUCAGGCAUGUGCACGCAGGCCAGGUACUUACCAUGGAGUUUGUGCCAGGGUGGCAGCACGACACAGCUCAAGUCGACAGUCGCGACGACAGGGACCCCACCGGUCAGGAUCGUCCUCGCGAGCCCUGGGGAUACCCAGGUCAACAGGACGACGAGAGAAUGAAUGGGACAGGCGACACAGGCGGCGCACCUACCAGAGAUCAUAGGGAUAAGAGUGAUGCCAGGAACAGCGCCCUUCCCAGCUUCAUCUUCAGCCUCGUCGGUCUGGGUGUUCUUUUGCAGGUUGCCCUCUACACCGGACCGCAGCUCCACGCUUUGCUCAUCCUGAUGUUAGCCUACCUAAAUCGGGUAGCUAGCUUGCUGAAAGAGGCCGGCCUGGCACAGAAGCAGAUCAGUCCUCCUGCAAGACCCGACUGGGCUGCCACCAGCCGACCCUCCUGUUAUGGCAACCCAGCUUGGGCCGACGACUUCACGCAGCCUAUUGUGGCAAAGUCGCGUGUCGAGCUCAUCAAGGAGGUGAAGGAGUCCGUUGCCCUCCUUACGGCACAUGCCACGACACUCGGGAUGAGCAUAAAGUUUGGGCCAGAUAAGACUGCGGUUGUUAUCUCCGAAGCAAGCAAAAAAGCCGCAGGAGACGGCCGAAUCCACCAAGACGAGGAUGGGGCUCACCUUCUCAUCCAGUCGCCCUGGCAGAAGGAGCCGCAUCGCCUACCCGUCGUCUCAGCCUACAAGCACCUUGGCGGUAUCAUUACCUCCAACGCCUCUCCGGCACCGGACUUGUACUUCAGGCAUCUGCUUGCGCUGUGGCGCAACCUAUGCCGACGCACCAGCGCCGAAGAGCAAGAACACCCGUACGCCGUGCUCUUACAGGCCGGGACGUCCUCCCCGCCAUUGACCCUAGCCAGGGCAAGAGCGGGUUUCCUCAGCAAGGUCGUCACUAGAGUUGAUGAUACCCUGGUAGGAUUGCUCUGUGACCACUUCCUGCUCCACCCGGCAUCGUCAUGGUUGGGGCAACUUGCAGAUGACGUGGAUCAAGUUGCACAGUACCUACCUGAAGUCCGCAGGCUCUUGCCUAAAGGUCGGGAGGUACCAGCACUCCUCACGGCCGCUAGAGAAGACCCUACUUGGUGGCUACGUCAGGUCAAAGCCACAGAACGGCUCUUCCUGAAGGAGCUCGAGAUUUGGCAAAAAUCACGGGACAGUGCCCAGACAACUUUGUCCCACGGCAGCCAGUCCGGUCUUGCCACGGACGGGGAAGAUUUGCCGCCACAGUUUCCGCGCCCCCAUGUCUGUCGACAGUGCGGAAAAAGCUUCGUACUCCGCAAACACCUGUGCCUGCACCAAGCCAAGGCCCACGGGCACCUCAGCCCCAGCCGACACUUUGCUAUCUCCGAGCACUGUGCGGCCUGCCACAAGUACUUUGGCCUAGUGACACAGAUGCAACAGCACCUUAAACAGUCCAUGCCAUGCUUGCUGCGCUGCAGCCACCUGUACCCGCCAAUGACCAAGGACGAGAUUGCGAGACUUGAAGCACCGAUCAAGGCUCGAAAGAAAAAGGUGUGCUCAGGAGCCUGGUCUCAUUUCGUAGGGUCGGCCCCGCCUACGUUGGCACCGAGGAUCCUUGGGCCAUUCAUGCCCACCGCCGCGGAGCGGACAGCCGGAGAUAGCACAGAUGAGGAGGUCCUCCUCAUUGCCCUCAAGCGCCACUACGUGCCCAGCCCUGAAACCCUGACUUGGGUCCAGAGCUAUAUCGCCGAAAAGUCCAGCGAGGGCCCCCGCGUCACGGCAAAACGCUUUUGGCAGUACAG